AUGCGUUCUCUUUUCGGACUCACCUCCAUUAUCGGUCUCCUUGUGGGUUCGACGGCCGCCUACACGGUCAAGAAGACCUGGGAUGCAUCCAACUUCUUCGAGGAGUUCAAUUUCUAUUCGGACGUAGACCCGACCCACGGCUUCGUCAACUAUGUUGAUAAAUCUACGGCAUCGAGCGCUGGACUAGCCAAAAUCACCAACGGCAAAGUCAUCAUUGGCGCUGACAGCACUUCCGGCUUGGAUCCCCAUGCAAAGCGAGGCCGCAGAAGCGUGCGUCUCGAGUCCAAUGCCCAAUUCGACCGCGGCCUCAUCAUCGGCGAUUUCGAUCACCUCCCCGGCAACGCUUGCGGUAUCUGGCCAUCUUUCUGGGUCAUCGACCUCGACAGCGACGCCUCAAACGACUUGCCCUACUCCGAAAUCGACAUCAUCGAAGGCGUCGCCCUCCAAGACUACAACGAAAUCAGCCUCUACACCAGCCAUCAGUGCACGCUCUCUGUCAACAACAGGCGCGAACUUGGCAACCACCCCCGCUUCAACUGCUUCCAGACCGCCGACGAAUCCCUCCCUGGCUGCGGCAUCAACGCGCCCCCGAACACCUUCGGCGACACCUUCAACGCCCACAACGGCGGCGUCUGGGCACUCCAAGUCGAAGCCCACGACAUCCGCGUCUUCUUCUUCCCGCACGGCAGGGUUCCCACUGAUAUUGCGGCUGGCAAUCCGAACCCGGAUGGAUGGGGGAAUGCGGUGUUGGACUGGAAGCCAGACCAAUGUGAUAUCGGGAGGGCAUUCAAGAAGCUGAAUACUGUAUUCAAUAUUGCGUUCUGUGGGGAUAAUUAUGAGGAUGCGGCGUGGGGUGGGGAGGACUGGACGGGAUGUGCGAGGAAGACGGGAGUCAAGACUUGUGAGGAGUGGGUGGCGAGGAAUCCACGUGCGUUCAAGGAGGCGUACUUUGUGAUCAAUUCGGUGAAGUGGUUCCAGAGGUGA